GGAGAGUUGGUGGCCAUUCCCUUGGACAGGAAGGACUGGCCUGCUACCUUCUAUCCUCUCUUCAAAAUUUUCUCGUAGGAGUAGUAAAAUGAAUUGUUGCCUGGGGAGCAAAACGGAGUGAUUCAACCGACCUCUCCUGACCUUAAACAAGAUCCUGCUAACAGGUUUAAAGCACAGGCUUCAUCUACAAGCAGAGUGUAUUGCAAGAAGAGAAUGGACAUAUUCACAGUUUCUUCUCUCGUGGUCUUGAGAAAAUAAAAUGUAAUGUAAUAAAGCAAUACACAGGCCAGUAAAGUGAGCCACAUACACAUAAAAGAAGAUGGCAUGUUCUUAGGCUUUUUAAGCAAGAUGAGAAAAGCUCUUGUAAAGCCACAAAUACUGUUACAAGUUAAAUCAAGCUUCCUCAACCUGUGUCCUGCUAGAUGUUCCGGACUACAACUCCCAUCUGCCCCACGACAUAAUCUAGGCUGAUGUACAGUUGCUCAAAGAAUAUGAAGGGACUUAAGUUGGGGAAGGGGGGCUUAGAAGUAUGAAAGCUACAUUUGAAAAAUACUUGCUUUGAGAACAACAGAAAACAGAGGUUUGCCAAGCCCACAGCUUUAGAUAAUUUGGAACAACAGGAAAGGAAAGAAUCCUCAUUAUUUUCGCAUGCCAUUCAACAAGAAUGCAUUUUUUAUUAUUUAAACUUUUAAGCUAAUUAAAUUAUGUUUUGUGUCCAUAGAAAUUACAAAUAAAACAAGAUGGCAGAAGAAACUGGGGAUGAAAAGAAACUGGUAGCCAAAUUUGAGCUGGAAAGGGAGACUGAGCUCCGUUUUGAGGUUGAAGCCUCACAAACUGUCCAGCUGGAGCUUAUGACGGGCAUGGCUGAGAUUUUUGGCACUGAACUGACACGCAACAAGAAAUUUACCUUUGAUGCUGGUGCUAAAGUGGCUGUGUUCACCUGGCAUGGCUGUUCAGUUCAGCUGACUGGUCGGACUGAAGUAGCCUACAUUUCUAAAGACACUCCCAUGCUGUUGUACCUCAACACCCAUACAGCCCUGGAGCAGAUGCGAUGGCAGGCAGAGCGUGAAGAUGAACGGGGCCCUCGGGUUAUGGUAGUCGGCCCCACAGAUGUAGGGAAGUCAACUGUCUGCCGCCUGCUGCUAAAUUAUGCUGUCCGCCUGGGCCGCCGGCCCACUUUUGUAGAGCUGGACGUAGGCCAAGGCUCAAUCUCUAUCCCAGGUACCAUGGGGGCACUCUAUAUUGAGCGACCUGCAGAUGUUGAAGAAGGAUUCUCAGUUCAGGCCCCUCUGGUCUAUCACUUUGGUUCUACAACACCUGGCACAAACAUCAAGCUCUACAACAAAAUUACAUCUCGCUUGGCUGAUGUAUUCAACCAGCGCUGUGAGGUGAACCGUCGUGCUUCAGUCAGUGGCUGUGUCAUCAAUACCUGUGGCUGGGUGAAGGGAUCUGGGUACCAGGCACUUGUUCACGCUGCUUCUGCCUUUGAAGUUGAUGUUGUAGUAGUGCUGGAUCAAGAGCGCCUCUACAAUGAACUGAAGCGAGAUUUGCCUCACUUUGUCCGCACAGUCCUGCUCCCCAAGUCAGGUGGGGUGGUGGAGCGCUCCAAGGACUUCCGUCGGGAGUUCCGUGAUGAACGUAUACGUGAAUAUUUCUAUGGUUUUCGAGGGUGCUUCUACCCACAUGCCUUUGAUGUCAAGUUCUCUGAUGUAAAGAUAUACAAGGUGGGAGCUCCCACAAUCCCUGAUUCUUGCCUGCCCCUGGGCAUGUCGCAAGAAGACAACCAACUUAAGCUAGUACCAGUUACACCUGGCCGUGACAUGGUACACCACCUACUAAGUGUUAGUACUGCUGAUGGCACUGAUGAGAACAUCUCUGAGACAAGUGUGGCUGGUUUCAUUGUAGUAACUGGAGUGGAUCUUGAACGCCAGGUAUUCACAGUGCUUUCACCUGCACCUCGGCCGUUGCCUAAGAACUUUUUGCUCAUCAUGGACAUUCGUUUCAUGGAUCUCAAGUAGUGUCAGCACUGGCAAGAAGAGGUCAUACUUCAUCAGGCCACAGUUACUGCCAUCAUUAUCAAAGCCAUUACAAUUACCUAGAAGGGGAAGGGAUAAGAACAAUUGGAACCAUUUAAUAUAUUCCCUUCUGUUUCCUUCGGACAUUAGAGAGAAACUCAGAACUACUGAGCAAGAAUUACAAACAUUGAAACUGAAAGAUUCUUGGAGUGUGCCUUAGUAACUUCUAUAAUGAACAAAAGUAUUGUUUGAUAUGGUUCACAUUAUUCCUCUUGAGAUUUCAGUGUGUGAAACUGGGAUCUUACCUAACAUUGUCAUUGUAUCAUCUGUAAGUAAUCUUGUUCUAGAGAGGGAAAAAUUUUUACUUUCUAAAAUUUGAAUAAAUUCCAAAAUAUUUAUAUUUUAA